AUGGCUGCAAUUCAUCAAUAUUGUAGCUUGUUGAAUAUAAUUACGAUUACAUUGAUGCUCACAAUUAUCGCUAAACCUUCAUUAGUAACAUGCACAUUUCAACCAAGUCCAUGGACUCUUGCUCAUGCCACAUUUUAUGGUGACGAAACUGCUUCCGCCACCAUGGGAGGGGCAUGUGGGUAUGGAAAUUUGUUUGUCAACGGGUAUGGGACAGACACAGCAGCAUUGAGUUCAACAUUGUUCAAUAAUGGGUAUGCAUGUGGGACUUGUUAUCAAAUAAAAUGUGUCCAAUCGAAGUUCUGUAACACCAACGUGCCUUACACUACAGUCACUGCCACCAACCUUUGCCCUCCUAGUUGGUCUCAAGCAUCUGAUAAUGGUGGAUGGUGCAACCCACCACGUUCACAUUUUGAUAUGUCUAAACCCGCUUUCAUGAAAAUCGCACAGUGGAAGGCUGGUAUCGUCCCUAUUAUAUAUCGCAGAGUACGUUGCGCAAGAAAGGAAGGAUUUCGAUUCUCCUUCCAAGGAAAUGGGUAUUGGUUAUUAGUCUACGUGAUGAAUGUGGGAGGUGGAGGUGAUAUAGCCAACAUGUGGGUGAAAGGAAGCAGAACAGGAUGGAUUAGCAUGAGUCACAAUUGGGGUGCUUCUUAUCAAGCAUUUGCAACACUUGGUGGCCAAACACUUUCUUUCAAGGUUACUUCAUACACAACCAAAGAAACUAUAAUUGCAUGGAAUGUUGCUCCUUCCAAUUGGAGUCCUGGAUUAACCUAUUCUGCUCCUACAAACUUCCAUUGA